AUGGACUCCAUUGGGCCUGUAGGACUAGGGAGCAGGGAUGGACCCCAGGGCUGCCCCCCAGAGGGCUUGCCCCACCCAUCAGAUAGCUCCAAGGUGGUGCAGAAAUGCCUACAACAGUUCAUGGUGACAAAGGCACAGCUCCAGCAGAUCCAGGACAGCCUCCUAGACUCCAUGGAGCAGGCACUGAUGGGACACAGUGGCCCCAUGCCUGCUGUCCGGAUGCUGCCCACAUAUGUGGGCUCUACCCCACAUGGCACUGAGCAAGGAGACUUUGUGGUGCUGGAGCUGGGGGCCACAGGGGCCUCAAUGCGUGUUCUGUGGGUGACUCUGACGGGCACCAAGGGGCGUAGAGUGCAGCCUAGGAGCCAGGAAUUUGUGAUCCCCCCAGAGGUGAUGCUGGGCCCUGGCCAGCAGCUCUUUGACUUCGCUGCCCACUGCCUGGCUGAGUUCCUGGAGGCACUCCCUGUGGGCAAUCAGUGUCUGCCGCUUGGGUUCAACUUCUCCUUCCCUUGUCACCAGACAGGCCUGGACAGGAGCACCCUCAUUUCCUGGACCAAGGGCUUUAGGUGCAGUGAUGUGGAAGGCCAGGACGUGGUCCAGUUGCUGAGAGAGGCCAUCAAGAGGCAGGGGACCUCCAACCUCGAUGUGGUUGCUAUGGUGAAUGACACAGUGGGCACCAUGAUGGGCUGUGACCCAGAGCUUGGGCCAUGUGAGAUCGGGCUUGUUGUAGACACUGGCACCAAUGCCUGUUACAUGGAAGAAGCACGGCAUGUGGCAGCACUGGAUGAGGACCGGGGCCGUGUCUGCGUCAGCAUUGAAUGGGGCUCCUUUGGUGAUGAUGAAGUCCUGGGGCCAUUGCUGACCCCCUUCGACCGUGCUCUGGACCAGGAGUCUCUGAAUCCUGGUGCCCAGAGAUUUGAGAAGAUGAUUGGGGGCCUAUACCUGGGUGAGCUGGUGCGGCUGGUGCUGGCUCACCUGGCUCGGCGUGGGAUCCUCUUUGGGGGCUGUACUACCCCUGCCUUACUGAGUCAAGGCAGUGUGACCCUGGAGCAUGUGGCUGAAAUGGAGGACCCCUCAACUGGGGCAGCCAGAGUCCUCGCUGUCCUGCAGAACUUGGGUCUGAGACCAGGGCCCUCAGAUGUGGAACUCAUACAGCAUGUGUGUGCAGCUGUGUCCACAAGAUCUGCUCGCCUCUGCGCUGCUGCGCUGGCUGCUGUCCUCAGCCGCCUCCAGCACAGCCGGGAGCAGCACACACUCCAGAUUGCCGUGGCCACUGGAGGCCAAGUGUUUGAGCGACACCCUAGGUUCCACAAUGUCCUGCAGGAGACAGUGAUGCUCCUGGCCCCUGAGUGUGACAUCUCUUUCAUUCCUUCUGUGGAUGGGGGUGGCCAGGGUGUGGCAAUGGUGACUGCCGUGGCUGCCCGCUUGGCCGCCCACCGGCACCUGGUGGAGGAAACACUGGCACCAUUCCAGCUGGACCAGGAGCGGCUGGCAUCAGUGCAGGUCCAGAUGCGGGAGGCCAUGGCCAAGGGACUCCGUGGGGAGGCCUCCUCCCUGAGCAUGUUGCCCAGCUAUGUCCGUGCCACACCCGAUGGCAGUGAACGUGGAGACUUCUUGGCCUUGGACCUUGGAGGAACCAACUUCCGGGUCCUCCUGGUGCGUGUGGCUGCUGCAGGUGUGAAGAUCACCAGCCAGGUGUAUGCUAUCCCUGAGUGCGUGGCCCAGGGCUCUGGGCAGCAGCUCUUUGACCACAUCGUGGACUGCAUCAUGGACUUCCAGCAAAGGCAGGGCCUGGGUGGGCAGAGCCUCCCCCUGGGCUUCACCUUCUCCUUCCCGUGCAAGCAGGUCGGCCUGGACCAGGGCAUCCUCCUGAACUGGACCAAGGGUUUCAAUGCAUCAGACUGUGAAGGCCAUGAUGUCGUGGCUCUGCUGCGGGAGGCCAUUGGUCGCAGACAGGCAGUGGAGCUGAAAGUGGUUGCCAUUGUCAAUGACACGGUGGGUACCAUGAUGUCCUGUGGCUAUGAAGACCACCGUUGUGAGGUUGGCCUCAUUGUUGGAACGGGUACCAAUGCCUGCUACAUGGAAGAGCUCCAGAAUGUGGCAGGUGUGCCUGGGGACUCUGGCCAUAUGUGCAUCAACAUGGAGUGGGGCGCCUUUGGGGAUGACGGCAUGCUGGAUGUGCCUAUCACCUGCUUUGAUGCAAGUGUGGACAGAGAGUCCAUCAACCCUGGCAAGCAAAGGUUCGAGAAGCUGAUCAGUGGCAUGUAUCUGGGGGAGAUCGUCCGCCAUAUCCUGUUGCAUUUGAAUAGCCUUGGUGUGCUGUUUCGGGGCCAGCAGACCCAGUGUCUACAGACCAGGGACAUCUUCAAGACUAAGUUCCUAUCAGAGAUUGAAAGCGACAGCCUGGCCCUGCGGCAGGUCCGAGCCAUCCUGGAGGACCUGGGGCUUCCUCUGACCUCAGAUGACGCCCUGGUGGUCCGAGAGGUGUGCCAGGCGGUGUCCCGGCGGGCUGCCCAGCUCUGUGGGGUGGGUGUGGCUGCCGUGGUGGAGAAGAUCCGUGAGAAUCGGAGCCUGGAGGAGCUGACAGUGACUGUGGGUGUGGAUGGAACCCUCUACAAACUGCACCCCCACUUCUCCAGCCUAGUAGCAGCCACUGUGCGAGAGCUGGCUCCCCGCUGUGCAGUCACCUUCCUGCAAUCAGAGGAUGGCUCUGGCAAAGGUGCAGCCCUGGUCACUGCCGUCGCCUGCCGCCUUGCCCAGGCAGCCCAAGUCUGA